CCACUUCGACGUCCAUAAGGGGCAGCCCCAGCUCAGGAUGCGGGGCUGGGGUGGGUGGAAGAGGACCACGUCCUCUCACAAGCACACACUCAACUUCUACAGCGAGAACAGCAGUAGUUCCCACAGCGUGACUACGGAAGACAGCCACGGUGGCCGGGCCUCCGGGCCGGCCCGGGGCUGGAGCGGUGGUGAGCCCGCCGUGAGCCUAGGCGUGCCCGGAGGAGACACGUGGGCAGAGCCUUGGAGCCACAGAGGGGAGACCGCCUGUGGCGCGGCAGCCGUGAGGGGCGGGGCCUAGGAACCGGCUAGGUCUCCCAUAGUCUCUGAGUAGCAGCAGCUCAGCUUACUCCCGACCCUGGAUCUGAGACCAGAGGUGCCUGCCCCGCGUGUGUCUAAGAACUUCCUGAGCCUCCUCUUCCAGGUGCUGAGCGUACUUUUAUCCCUGGCAGGAGACGCGCUGGUCAGUGUGUACAGGGAAGUCUGCUCGGUCCGCUUCCUGUUCACCGCUGUGUCGCUACUGAGUGUCUUUCUGGCAGAAACCUGAGGAGAUGCUUACUUUAAGGUGAAGAGGGCAGCUGGGGUGGUUAACAGCAGCUGGAAGGUGAAGGCCUCCCUGCAGGAGUGCAGGGGGACAGGGAGCCAACCUCACAACAGCCAUCCUCCUUCCUCCAGCCAGUACCACCAGUGUGUGCACUCCCAGGGACAGCAGCUGCAGGCUGAGUUGAAUAAACUCCACAAGGAGGUGUUCAGUGUCUGUGCAGCCCACAGUGAGAGAGUGGCCAAGCUCGUGUUUCAGAGACUGAAUGAGGACUUCUUCCAGAAACCCGACUAUGCCCUGAGCUCUGUGGGUAAGAGACACAGAAAGAAAUGGGAGUCAGUGUCACAGGCAGACCUACCUAUUGGUUGGGAAGGCCUGGGAGCCCCUGAAAAUGACUUCUCCCGGUUCCAAGAGCCUCCAUCGAACUAGAGAAGACAUCCCAUGACUAUGAGGACACAACACUGCCCACUUCUGGAAUCACUUGAGCUUUUGGAACUAUGCCCACCCAUCCUCAGUCAUACUGGAGGUGGGCCCAGACAGGGUCGUGGGGAUGGUAGCAGGAGAGAGCUGGGGUAGGGGCAAGAAUCAGCUCAAUGGAAGCAGGACCAGAACUGAGGUGAGUUUAGCUUUAGGAGGUGCGCUUCUGGAGGCAGGAUCUCACAUGGCCUAGGUAAGGCUCCUGCCAAGCCAUGGAUGAGGUUAAAUAGGAGACCUGGAAGUGCUGGGGACUCACAUUGAGAAUAAUCUGACUAGGCAAGAACCAGGAAUGGAGGAGGAACUCUGGGCCAAGCUGCAGUCUCUCAGUCCAUGCAGUUUUUAAAACUUUAAGACAGUCUUUCAAUGUAGCUGUCUGUCUUCUAUCCUGAUGGUCCACUCCUCCCGAAACUCCACAGCCAUAUGUGUUCCCUGGAAAUUGCUGGGCUUUUGAAGGCAACCAGGGCUAGGUCGUGAUCCGACUGCCUGGUAGUGGACAGUUAGGUGACAUCACCCUGCAGCAUCUUCCCAGCGUGGCACAUACAGGAGGAGCCAGCAGCGCCUCCAGGGACUUUGCAGUCUUUGUGAGUGGGGCCUGAGGCCAAGGAGGUGGGGAUUUUGUUUAGGAAGCACUAGGCAGUCAUGAGAACAUGAGACAAUAUUUCAGUCUUUGUUCAUCUAUAAACUGUACAUACUAUACCUGCCUCAUCUCCUGCCAUAGGUUGUAAAGGAUCCUGAUAACCAUAUCCAAAAGUUAAGUAUGGCUUACUGAGCUCUACUCCGCCCUCAGCACUUCUCCCACAUUAUUUCAUGGCAUCUACAUAACCUGUGAAGUACUGUUGUCUCCUCCCAUCCAAGGAGCAUAGUGGUCUGAAGAGAUUCCCUGCUCAAGGUCAAACCACGUACAACUUUCCAAUGACCUGUUAAGACAGUCUCUCUAUGCAGCCCAGGCUAACAAAGCUCACAGUCCUCCCAUCUUAGCCUUUCUGGUGCUGAUAUCCUGGCUAGUCACAGGUUUUUGAGACAGGGUCUUGCUGUGUGCCCCAGACUAGCCUGAAACUAUGCAAACCAGGCUGACCUUGAACUCAGAGAUGCACCUGCCUCCACACCUGGCUUUACUUGGUUUCUUAGAGCCUACAUUCCACACUAAGCAACUUAACAUCAGAACAUAGAGGAAUUGAACACGAAGAUUCUCAACAGUUUUUUUUUUUCUUCCCUCCCUCUGUGCCUAAUGUUUCUCCAUAUACUCUUCACCCACCAAGGCCUCCAGGUUGAUAUGACUGAAGUUUUCUUGGGAAAAUUCACCUUUGAUGUGCAGAAAUCUGAAAUUCAAACCUUCCACCUACAAGUGUGUUUGCCUGGGGAUGAGAGUGCUAAGGCAGUGAGUGGGCCAGUAAGCACUGACAGGGAAGACAGUCUUGGGAGAGCAGUAGUUGGCAUGAACCAUUUGUCUCCUUAGAAUGACCCUCCAUCUGCCUUCCCCAAGGUGAAGAUUCAGAUUCUAAGCAACUGGGGCCAUCCACACUUCACAUGCUUGUAUUGAGUCUGUGCCCAUGGUGUGCGGACCUCAGAGUGGGCUGGGGACAGUUCCACAGGGGCCAUUGGGGGGGGUCAUUAAAUAUGCUGAUGGUUGGAGCAGAACUAAGAUCUGUGCUAAAGAAAGCUGCUUUGAGGUGAUAUCCAUAGGGGAAAGCUCUGGCUAGCCACGACAGGUAAGUAUGGCAGGUGUACCUCUCUCCAUGUAUCCUUGGAGAAGUCCAAAUCAGUAUUGUAGCAGUUGAUGUUUACAGCGCUUACUGUGUGCAAAAUAUGGUGUUGUGGACAUUCUACAAUAUUCAUGACCUCACUUGAUCCUCAAGAUACAGAGAAGGAAAAUGUUCAGGCAAGAUUCCUGCUCCAAGUUAUACAGCUAGUGAACACAGCAUGUGACCGAGACUGUCUUCAAGAGGCCUCCCCUUCAAUACACAACUGCCACACUUUUGCUCAAUCCCAGCCCAAUGUCUGAAACUAUCCUCAAUUCAGGCAAACUUUCAAAAGUGAAGAUUUGAAUACUUUUAGGAAAACUUGAGUCAAAGAGCUGAAUUAGAUCAGGUCUGGUGGUGCACACCUUCAAACCCAGUACAUGAGAGACAUAGGCAGAUCUCUGUGAGAUUGAGCUGGGGCUACUGGGCUACAGGGAGACCUUGUCUCAAAACAAAACAAAACAAAACUUUAAAGGUUAAAAGUAGACCUGGAAAAAAAGUGGAAACAGAAUAGGAAAGGAGACUAGUGUGAACAAAGAAACAGCAUUGUCUUAGGUGUUAGAAUUAUGUUUCUAGUGUGUAUGUACUGAUACUGGUGUGUGAGGUAGAACUCCUAUCCACCUAUUUAAAUUUGGGUAAUACUGUUUUCUAAUGAAGAGAAAAAAAAUCAUCUCACACCAAGUGUUCUCAAAAGCUAAGGUUAGGGAUUGGAGAAAUGGCUUAGCAGUUAAGAGCACUUACUGCUCUUCCAGAGGACCUAGGUCCAGUUCCCAGUACCCACAUAACAGACCACGCCCAUCCUUAACUCCAUUUCCAGGGGAUCCACCAACCUUCUUCUGGCCUCCUUGGGAACCAGGCACACACAUUAGGUAUACUUAUAUACAUGCCGGCAAAAUAUUCAUACACAAAAUAAAAAACUGGUUAGGGCUGGCAAGGUAGCUUGGCAGUUAAAGAUACUGGCCACCAACCUAACAACUCCACAAAGUUGUCCUCUGUCCUCAAGUGUGCCAUAGCACUUGCACACCCAAACACGUGUAAUAAAAUUUAAGGGCCAUUGAGAUGACUCAGUGGGUUAAGGCACUUGCCACAAAGCCCAAGGACCUGAGUUCAAUCCCCAGGUUCCAUACCAGAGGGAGAGAGUAAACUCCUGUAGGUUGUCCUCUGACACGCAUUUACCAUGUGUGCCAUGGUAAAUGUACCCACGCACAUGCAUGCAGGUGUAUAUGUAAUAAACAUAGUG